AGGCUGCUUUUGUUUGGUGAGAGCGAGGGCAGGAACAGCUUCUUUCCCAAUUUCAGCUCAAUACAUAGGAAAACGAAAAGGUCAAAACAACAGUGAGCAUGGCGUCGGCGAUUUUGCGAUCUGGUCUUCGAAAUACUCUCCGCGGUAGCUCCCGGCCGUCCGCUACUUCCAAGAGACGUUUCUCUUCCUCCGCUCAUCAAGACGAAGCUUAUGAGGCUGCUGAGGCAUCAAAAUGGGAGAAGAUAACAUAUUUGGGCAUUGCUGCAUGCUCUAUCUUAGCUAUUUAUAACCUAUCAAAGGGUCAUCCUCACUAUGAAGAGCCCCCUGCUUACCAAUAUUUGCACGUUCGCAAUAAGGAGUUCCCAUGGGGCCCAUAUGGGCUUUUUGAGAAGAAGCACCAUUAAGUAAUGGUGGCCCACUGCAUGAAGAUUUCUGAAAUACCUCUUUUAGCGCAUUCCUUUCUUAAGUCAGCAAUUGGACUGCUUUGGAUGAAUUGAUGUUGGGACUUUACAUAUUGCAAGUUGUUUAGUUGUUCCUAUUUUCUUUCACCUGUGCAGUGCAUGCUGCCAAACAAAAUAAAUUAAAAUCUGGUGAAAUAAUUCUGAUUUCUCUUUUCAUCUUUAAUGAUAUUACUGAUUUGGCAA